AUGGAAUCCCGCGUGUCCCGCUUGCUGGACCCAUCGUCCGCGAUGGCGGCCAUUACAAAGCACAAAGCGGAAGCGAUCAAGCUGGCCCGUGAACAGGGAGCGGCAGUGAGGGAGAUGUGUCGUCGUGCCAAGUCCGAUGUACCUCCGUACGAGUUCGAGGAGUUGAUUGGGAAAGGUGCCUACGGGCGUGUCUACAAGGGACGACAGAUGCCAAGCGGUCGGUUGGUUGCUAUCAAGGUGCUGGAUAUUGACUUGCUCGACUACAACUCGCUACGCGAUUUCCGAGAUGAGUCUAUCAAGGAUUUCAUCCACGAGACCAAGGUCAUGAAGCAGGUCAAAGAUUCCGGGGCGAAGAACAUUAAUGAGCUCAUCGAAGCCAUCUCUAUCCACUCUCAGCUAUGGCUUGUCUGCGAAUAUUGCCCCGGUGGCAGCGUUCGGACUUUGAUGCGUGCGACGGGCGACAAACUGGAGGAGAGAUUCAUCAUUCCAAUCGCUCGUGAGCUUGCCAUUGGCCUGCGCGCCAUACACGAUGCUGGGAUUAUUCAUCGCGACGUGAAAGGUAAUGUUGUUCAAUUGGAGGCUGGGAUUGAUGCUAACCCAUCUUCCACAGCUGCAAACAUCCUGGUUCACGAAGAGGGCCGACUCGAAAUUUGUGAUUUCGGUGUUGCUGGUAUUCUUCAAUCCCAGAGAGACAAACGAUCAACAUGGAUCGGGACGCCUCAUUGGAUGCCACCCGAGAUGUUCGCGGCUCGUCGUGAAGCUCAUCUCUACAGUAGCGAGGUUGAUGUCUGGGCCUAUGGGUGCACGCUGUUCGAGUUUGCCACCGGGAAUCCUCCCAACUCUGGGCUACGAGAGCGAAUGCAAAUCGGGCGACAGCUCAACCGCAGUGUUCCUAAACUCGAUAGCGACAGAUACAGCCAGGGUUUGAAGGAUUUGAUUGCGUUUGCUCUCGACUCCAACCCAGCAACUCGUCCCUCGAUGGCAGACAUCCUCAAUCACCCAUACAUUGCAGAGACCGAAGAAGAAUAUCCUACAUCAUGUGUCAGCGAGCUGGUCAGGAACUACUAUCAAUGGUCACAGCGAGGCGGCCAGCGUAUUUCAUUGUUUCACCCCGGAGGUGCAGCUGCAGCCGAACUUCCCGGAACCGAGGAGUCCGAGGAUGAUUGGAACUUCAGUACCACAGAUGGCUUCGAACGACGAUUCUCAGUUAUUGAUCUCGACAAAAUUGCAGCUUCUCUAGCUGAAAUGGAAGAGGCGAUCAAUUCGCCGGCGCCGGCACCCGAACAUGAGGGAACCGAAGACGCCUCGGAGGUUGAAAUGGACCCCGAACAAAAGGCGAAUUUCGAUGAGCGCGUGCGUCGAGGCGCUGCAGCAAUGGAAGGGCUUUUUGAUGGAGAGAAGCCGAGUUACAAGUACGAAACGAAAAAUGAUUUCGUGCCCAUCGAUCCCAGUCCAACACCAUCCGACCUUCCCCUUCGCACAGAAACGGAUCGGUCAUCUGUGACAUCCACCUUCAUCGACAUUGACAUCGGCUCUUUCGAUUCUUCUCACUACGCAGCUGCGGCCCCGGCCACACAGCCCUUCCAGCUAGCGGACGCUAAUACAAUCCGUGCCAACCGAACGAGUCUUCGCCCGCACCGCAAUUCAAAUGAAGAUAUUCCCGAUACGCCAGACAAUGAAGCAGAAAACAACGAAUCCGCAGAUGAGGACUUCCAACCGCCGUCCGGCCCGCGGCCGCCCACCAUGGACUGGAAGUUUCCCGUUUUUAUGCAACAGGAAGAGGAAGAGAAACAAACACCCACAGAGGCCCCCGAAGCUGAGCCUGCUCACGAAGAACCUGUUCACGAUGAGAAGCGUGCCACUAUGGAGUGGACGUUUCCGGUCAUGGGAGCAUCGUCUGGAGAAAGCCAAGAACAAGCCCCACCUGAGCGAUACGAUACGAUCAAAGCGCCGAUUCUUAAUCUCCAGCAGCAGCAAACAGAUGAGCCAGGCGAUUCUCGUCCCUCGACAUCAGCAUCUAACCUUUCUAAUGCCUCCGACUCCGACUAUGAUCCAUUCCGUUUUGACCGCCCUGAAACCCCCCAGGGUGCCUCCUCUCUUCACCACGGUCACUUCUUCGAUACUGAAUUCCCAGCCAUGAUGGAGUCGGUAGGAUAUCCCGACUACGAGGCGUCCGGGGUUCUCGACGGACCGGGACCUGAUGAGGAGUCUCAUCCGCUGUGGAAAGAACAUACAGAAGUGAUUUCUCCAGAUAAUGUUCCGUCGCUACCGCCGGACAUGCCGGUCCCUGACACCCCCACCACUACCACCUCUGGACCAGUCUCCGAGCCUGGCUCCCCUGUUUAUGAACCCCUGCAAACCGCACGCCGGGAGGAUCACCCUCAAAAACCCACGACGACGGAUGAAGAUCCCGACGCCAUUCCCUUCCCGGACCUUCUACCACCCCGUGCUGAGAGCUUGAUGGAAGGUGCUGAUGAUAGUGUGGUCACAGCGGAGCUGGAUCGCCUGCUCGGUGACUUUCUUGAAUCCCUCUCGGCAACAGGCGAGGCUUUGUCGAGGGCUACUAUCGGGAAUGACACGAAUGGAGUCCAUCACACUGCUGAGAAAGUUCCAUGA